ACUCACCACCAUUUGAUCAGUCCCUUUUGGCUUUGUUAUUCUUUCACCUAUCCCAUGUUGUCCACCUUUGCUGGACACCAGCUAUAACAUCUCUCUCUCUCUCUCUCUCUCUCUCUCUCUCUCUAUUCAAUGACUCCAGCCUAUCUGAACCCACCAUCAUCUCCUUGCCCUCUUGUAGAGCAAAGAGAAGAAGAUCAACACAUUAAGCUCUUUAUCUCACCACAUGAUCAUCAAGCCUCAUCUUCCCUCUUAGUUCCUACUUUUUUUGAGAGGAAACAACAUGAUGAAAAGGGGAUUAAAUUUGAAGAGCCACAGCUACAAGAACAUGAUGAUGAAAAGUCUGUGGAGGAAGAUAUUAGCAAACACCACAAAUUAUCCAUAUGCCAAAGCCAAGGUGGAGAUCCAAGUAAAAGUACAACUGGGCCAGUACAGUGGAUGUCUUCAAAGAUGAGGUUGAUGCAAAAAAUGAUGAACCCAAAUUUCCAAGAUACAGACAAACCAGCAAGAACUAUGAAGAACUUUCCAAGUGAUCAGCGGCAUGGAAAUGGAGAAAUCAACCCGCCUAACUGCAUCAACAACACUAUUAGGGUUUGUGCUGAUUGUAACACCACCACUACCCCUCUUUGGAGGAGUGGCCCUCGAGGUCCCAAGUCACUUUGCAAUGCCUGUGGUAUUAGGCAAAGGAAGGCAAGAAGAGCCAUGGCAGAAGCUGCAGCAGCUGCAAAUGGUAUGGUAGUUUCCACCAACAAUUCAACAACGAAGAGUUAUAAGGUGCACAACAAAGAAAAGAAAUCGCGUAAAAGCCAUGGAGCACAAUACAAGACUAAGUGCAAGCUCAUGGACACUUCCCACAGCAAAAGGAAGCUUUCUUUCAAGGAUUUAGCUCUAAGUUUGAGAAACAAUUCGACUUUUGGAAAAGUAUUUCCUCAGGAUGAAGCAGAAGGUGCACUCCUGCUAAUGGAACUAUCUUGUGGCCUUGUUCACAGUAGAAAAUUUUCCAUUUAGUUUUAACAAGUUUUUUCUUUUCUUUGUUGAAGUUUGUCUCAUCUCCAUUUCAAAUGAACCCAUUUCAUGGUUGAAGUUUAAUAUCAAAAAAUUUAAAAGUGUAUCUAGUAUCAUGUCAUUUAAAGCACAUGAUACUCUAUACACUGAGUUUCGGAAAAAAAAAAAAAAAAUUACCGUGAAAUGAACUCUUAAAAUGGAGAGAAUCUUGUUCUCUUUCUUAUAUGCGUGCAACUAAGUGAGUGAGUGUGUGAGAGAUGUGUCUUUUGAGCAAGUUGUCAACCAAAAGAUAUGGGUUUGCUUCAUUAUUACCGUUUAUCUUGAUAGUAAAAUAAUGAGGAUAAUUAUACAUCGUCAGCUACGUACUUUGAUUCACAA